CCUCCUUUGUGUUUCCUCCAAACCCGUCCACUCUCUCACUUGCUACCCGCAAUCGUUUCUUCUUUUAUUUUUCAGGGGAUUUUUCUCUCUAGACAUCAGCAUCGCCAUAUUCAUCUAUUCGUUCCGGUGUGAAUGUGUGUCAGUUGUCUAUGAAUACCCUCUUCUUUUAAUCAACCUACCAAAACCAACCCUUUCGCACUCUCGUUUGCAUAACACGUUUUUCACCAUUUCCCAUCCGGAUUCUUCAAGAAAAGGAAGCUUCAUUCUCGCAGAACAUUCCCGCAAUCAGGAAUCCUCCGCAAUCCGCUAGCUCUAGGAGACGUCACUUGCCGCAGAAUCUAUCGACGACAUUUCUCGACUCCAUCACAUCACGUAACCAAAUCCAUCACAAUGGGUAAGGUCGCUACCGUCCUGUCGGCGGCUCUGCUGCUUGCCGGCAACGCCGCUGCUCUUGACCCUAUCGUCAUGAAGGGUACCAAGUUCUUCUACGAGAACGGCACCCAGUUCUUCAUGAAGGGUAUUGCCUACCAGCAGGAUACUGCUGCCGCCGGCGGUGAAUCCAAGACCGGCGAGUACAAGGACCCUCUCGCCGACGAGACUGCCUGCAAGCGCGAUGUCCCCAUCCUCGCUAAGGCCGGCACCAACACCAUUCGUACCUACGCCAUCGACCCCAAGAACAACCACGACGCCUGCAUGAAGCUCCUGAGCGACGCCGGCAUCUACGUCGUCUCCGACCUGGGUGAGCCCAAGCUGUCCAUCAACCGUGACAACGCCCAGUGGAACAUCGCCCUUUACGAGCGUUACACCGCCGUCAUCGACGCCCUCGCUAAGUACGACAACACGAUCGGUUUCUUCGCCGGUAACGAGGUAUCCAACAACAAGACCAACACCGAGGCCUCGGCCUUCGUGAAGGCCGCCGUCCGCGACUCCAAGAAGCACAUCAAGGACAAGGGCUACCGCUGGAUGGGUGUUGGCUACGCCGCCAACGACGACGCUGACAUCCGCACCAACUCGGCCCACUACUUCAACUGUGGUCCCGAGGAGACCGCCAUCGACUUCUGGGGUUACAACAUCUACUCGUGGUGUGGCAAGAACACCCUGGCCGGCGCCGGUUACACCACCCAGAUCGACUUCUUCAAGAACUACUCUGUCCCCGUCUUCUUCGCUGAGUACGGCUGCAACAUUCCCGACGGUGCCGAUGGCCGUAUCUUCCAGGAGACCACUGCUCUGUACGAGAAGGAGAUGACCGAUGUCUUCUCUGGUGGUAUCGUCUACAUGUUCCACCAGGAGGCCAACGACUACGGUCUCGUCGAGGUCAAGAACGGUCAGGCCAAGACCAUGAAGAACUACGACCAGCUUGCCUCCCGCGUUCUGGCCGCUACCCCCUCCGCCGUCCAGAUGGACUCGUACCAGCCCACCAACAAGGCUGCCGAGUGCCCCGGUGUCGCCUCCAACUGGGAGGUCCACGGCUCUGCUCUCCCCCCUACCCCCGACAGCUCUCUCUGCGAGUGCAUGGUCAAGAGCCUUUCUUGCACCCCCAAGUCCGGCCUGAAGGCUUCUGCUAUUGGCGAGAUCUUCGGCUUCAUCUGCGGUGCCGACCCCGCCUCUUGCAACGGCAUCAACACCAACACCACCACCGGUGUCUACGGCGCCUACUCCAUGUGCUCUGACGAGCAGAAGCUCGCCUUUGUCAUGGAUUCGUACUACAAGGCCCAGAGAUCCGCCAGCACCGCCUGUGACCACGACGGCCAGGCUGAGGUUGUCUCCCCCUCCAGUGACAGCUCUUGCUCCUCCGCCCUUGCCUCCGCCAGCGCCGCCAACAGCGCUGCCGCUACCGCCACUGCCCCCGUCUCUUCCACCGCCAACCCCAGCUCCAGCGCUUCCGGUAACGCUGCUGCCGGUAACCCCUACCAGCCCAUCUUCAACUUCGGUGGUUUCGCUGUCGGCGCGUACCUGGUCGCCGCUGGUGCCGUCGGUGCUGCUAUGGUUGCCUUGUAGACGCGUGUUCCCUUUUUGAAUCAGCUGAAUUGAGGAGGAAAACGGGAGUGGCCCGGGAGAUGGGCGGGUAUGCUUUAUGCGAGCCUGUAGGAUAUCCAACCGGCACCGCGGUGUCUGGUUUAAUACAGUCAUGGCUCGACAGGAAUUCUUUCUAUUGGCAUGAGGCUCUUUUAUGUUUGUCACCAUCACAUGGCGUUGGGUCCUCGCUGGCGGCGGCGGCGGCAGCAGCAGCAGCAGCUCUGCUUCAUGAAUCUGACUGUAAAAAGGUCACUAUUGUUUUCUAGAUGUCUUGUUUGGUCCGAUGAAUAGAGCUUUUUUUUCUUUGUCGAA